UGAACUUUAAUAAGGCAACUGCAAUGGACCUAACUUGGCUGAACAGGCUUCUGACCAGUGCCUAAACACAGCCACAGGGACAAAGUAAAUUACUUAUCUCCAUGGUUUUCAAGGAGCUCUCUUGGUAUCAAAACUUCAUUCCUUAUACACUUUUCCUCUGAUCUUGUGGAGAUGAAAAUUGACAUCUACAGUCAUAUUCUACCAAAAGAAUGGCCAGAUCUAAAAAAGAAAUUUGGCUACGGAGGCUGGGUGCAGCUCCAACACCACAGUCAGGGAGACGCAAAGAUGCUGAAAGAUGGGAAGGUUUUCAGGGUGGUCCAAGAGAACCGCUGGGAUCCAGAAGUUCGUAUUAGAGAAAUGGACCAAACAGGAGUGACCCUGCAAGCCCUUUCCAUGGUCCCCAUCAUGUUUAGCUACUGGGCUAAACCUCAGGACACUUUAGACCUGUGCCAGUUUUUAAAUGACGACUUAGCUGCUACUGUAGCGAGAUACCCCAGGAGGUUCAUGGGUCUGGGGACACUGCCCAUGCAGGCCCCCAAGCUGGCCGUUGAGGAGAUGGAGCGCUGUGUGAAGGAGCUGGGCUUCCCUGGGGUCCAGAUUGGCUCCCACAUCAAUGAGUGGGUCCUGAACGUUCAGGAGCUCUUCCCUGUCUACGCAGCAGCUGAAAGGCUGAACUGUUCCCUAUUCGUGCACCCCUGGGACAUGCAGAUGGAUGGACGGAUGGCCAAAUACUGGCUCCCUUGGCUCAUAGAAUGUCAGACCUAUCCUAGGCACCAAGAAUAUAGACAUGGACAAAACCUCUGCCCUUCUGAAGCUUAUGUGCUGGUUAGAGGAAUGCCAGCAGAGACCACCACAGCCAUUUGCUCCAUGAUCAUGGGUGGAGUGUUUGAGAAGUUUCCUAAACUGAAAGUGUGCUUUGCACAUGGAGGUGGAGCCUUCCCCUUUACAAUAGGAAGAAUCUCCCAUGGAUUCAGCAUGUGCCCAGAUUUGUGUGCCCAGUACAAUCCAAUCAACCCAAAGAAAUACCUUGGUUCCUUUUACACAGACUCCUUGGUUCAUGAUCCUCUGGCUCUCAAGCUGUUAACAGAUGUCAUAGGAAAGGAUAAAGUCAUCUUGGGGACUGAUUACCCCUUUCCACUAGGUGAGCUGGAACCUGGAAAACUGAUAGAAUCCAUGGAAGAAUUUGAUGCGGAAACAAAGGAUAAACUCAAAGCUGGCAAUGCCCUAGCAUUUUUGGGUCUGGAGAGAAAACUAUUUGAAUGACUGACUUUACUACAAUCUUUCAAGAAGAUGCUUUUUAAAAAAAUAUGUAUCACGCAUGCACGUGAAAAUCCUAUUUUUAACUAUUUUACCCAGAAAUAGAAUAUCCCUGAGUAUCCUAAAUUAUUCAUAACAAAAAUGACUCAUGUUUUCUCACAUGCAAACCAAAAAUGAUUUUCUGAGCACCUUAAAAAUUAAUGACAGAG